AUGACAGAUAUCGCAGCGACCUACCAAUUAGUAACCCGUAACCUCCAAGAGGUUCUCGGUGGGGAUAUCAUCAAAAAGAUUUUGGAGGAAGGGAGACCAUUGAAGUGCUACUGGGGCACUGCGCCUACCGGAAGACCGCACAUCGGUUACUUUGUUCCUAUGACAAAAAUAUCCGAUUUCCUGAAGGCAGGCACCGAGGUCACAAUUCUGCUCGCAGAUGUCCACGCAUUCUUAGACAACCUCAAAGCGCCUCUUGAGUUGGUUCAACAUCGAGUCAAAUACUAUUCAUACGUCCUUCGCUCGGUUUUUGUUUCUAUCGGGGUGCCCGUAGAAAAAUUGAAGUUCGUUGUCGGUUCAGACUAUCAGCUAACUAAGGAAUACAAUAUGGAUAAUUAUCGAUUGUGCGCUACCGUCACAGAGCAUGACGCGAAGAAGGCAGGGGCAGAAGUCGUAAAGCAAGUCGCUAGUCCUCUACUCAGCGGACUGCUAUAUCCGGGAUUGCAAGCCUUGGAUGAGCAGUACCUCGAUUGUGAUUUUCAAUUUGGAGGGGUUGACCAGCGGAAGAUAUUCACUUUCGCUGAGGCUACCCUUCCCAAACUGGGCUAUCGGAAACGUGCCCAUCUCAUGAAUCCGAUGGUACCAGGAUUGGCUGGGAGCAAGAUGUCUUCUUCUGAUCCCAACUCAAAAAUAGACUUCCUGGACAAGCCGGCUGACGUUCGUAGAAAGAUCAAGGCGGCGUUUUGUGAAGAAGGGAAUAUUGCGGAAAAUGGUGUCCUGUCCUUCGUUGGGGCAGUGCUCAUCCCGAUAAGCAAACUGUGGAUAGAAAUGCGAACAUCGGGAGAAGUCGAUGCAAAAUCUGAAUUGCAGAAGCCUUUCGUCCUCGAUGACGCCCCUCCAGGCACCGUUUUCUCGAUUUCGCGCCCAGAGAAGUGGGGCGGCUCUAUGCAUUACUCUUCCUACGAGCAAAUAGAGAAGGACUUUGUGGACAAAAAACUACACCCUGGAGAUCUGAAAACAGCUGUGGCGAAUGCCAUUAUCAGACUUCUUGAACCAAUCCAAAAGGCAUAUGAUAGCGAUCCAGAUUUUCAAAAAGCCAACCAAGAUGCUUAUCCGUCCGAAAAACCAGUAACGAAGGAGGCGAAGAAGAAGAAGGAGAAAGGCGGGCAGAAACAUCCAGCCGCCAAUGAGAAUGUUAUAAAGGAGUCAAGUGUCCCCUUUGAAGCAUCGGUGGCGCCGACCGCGGACGCAGUCAAUGGCACACAAGAGAUUGUCCAAGGCACAAGUGGAAAGCUAUCGAUAGAGUAGUCAUUUGGCCUGAAGGACUGCAAACUGCACGUUGCGCAUAUUGUCGAGAGGGAAUGUGCACACUUGGUACGGCGGUGAUUUAACAGUUUGGAAUUUGUACAGCAACGCGAAGACUAUUGUUACAUACAUUAAUCAAUUACAAAUAUGCAGUCUUUGGAACGAAUAGAUUUAGGGGGAUGCAGCCAUAUAGUAAUUAAAAUUAUAUGCAGUGGGGGUAGCAGUAUAGGUGAAGCCACUAGGAGAGAAUUUAAU